CGGUGCUGCCUUCAGUGCGGACGGUGGCUUUAGACUCGAAGCUGCGGAAGAAGGGCCGUGAGCUCGGCUGUGCUCCGAUGGCCUGAUAUAACAUCACGGGACGCGUAUAUGAAGCUACACUGCCCUGACUCGUCGAUAAGGAGAGGAUGUGUCCCAUGCAACUACCAGGUUUGUUUCUAUCACUGUGAAGAAUGGGCAGAGACGAAUUGUAGAUACAUAAUACGCUAUGAAGAGGCCGCAAUAAAUAUCGACCACGUAUUCCAAUGGUGAACGAAAGCUUUUAAGAAAGUGAACCGGGUCACGGUGCAGCUUUUCCUCUAACGCAUACAAGAAAAUUAAAGGAAGAAAAGCUAUCCUGGGUGUGCGGGGGUGACUGGAGUGAUGGGAUGGGGCCAGAGCCCCAUGGAGUUCGGGUAGGCCCGUCUCCGGCCCAACUCCCCAGCCCCCUCCGCCAUCAAUAUCGUCACAGCUCCUGCCAGCGUCGCAGAGGGCCGCCUCGAUCGCGAUGGAGGCUUCUAACAAUCAACAACAGAAGGAGAAGGAGCCACGCGUUCACAGGCCUUGCGCCUUCGACAAGAUGGAGGGGCUGGUGCGGGAGAUGCAAGACCCUGAGAACGGGGUACCCGUGCGCAGCCAAAAACAAUUUCUCACCUCGAUUCCUUCAGCUUUCAUGGGUGAGUGCCAUCGGUACUUGCGUUGUGGAGUAAGCGUAAGCGGCCAUCACGGCCAGAGCACUACAGUAGGCUGCCUGCGUGUUGCAGGUUACGAUCUCAUCGAGUGGCUGAUGGAGCGGCUCUCCAUCGAGGAAUCAGUAGAGGCGGUCCAUAUUGCCAACCAACUCUGCCAGUAUGGCUACUUCUUCCCGGUGAAUGACUCCAAGACACUCACCGUAAAGGAUGAUAGUUCUCUAUAUAGAUUUCAGACACCAUGUUAUUGGCCAUGGCAACAUAGAACCCCUGAUAACGUGGAAUACGCUAUUUAUCUGGCUAAAAGAAGUCUAAGAAACAAGCAACGCCAUGCUCUUGAAGAUUACGAGAUUGAUGCUUUGAACAGCCUACGUAGGAAUUUGCAAAACAAGUGGGAUAUUAUACAACUUCAGGCCGAGGAACAGGUUCAGGUACGUUUAUCAAAGGAGCGGAAGAAAGGCGAUAAAAUAGUGAGCGAUUCCCAAGAACGAGCGUUUUGGAGAGUAUAUAGGCCACCACCUGGUUGUCUUAGUAGUCUUGAAGUAGCACCUGUACCUACCCGUUUUCGUCCUGGAGUUGCGCGCCCUCCAUCACGUAAACGCACUUUAACUGAUCUGCAACGCGAGGUGGCCCUGUUAAAGAAUAGUUUAACUCGCACAAGAAUAAAGGUGUCGGCUGCGAUUGAAAACCUGAAGUCGUACUUUGAAACAUACGUGGAAUACGAUGCAAUGUUUGUACCGCCUCAACCUUCUAAUCCAUGGAUCACCGACGAUCAAACAUUUUGGCAAUUAAACAGUCCCCUGGUGGAAGUUCCUACGGAGAAGAGGGUGAAACGUUGGGCAUUGUCGAUGGAAGAAUUAAUGUCGGAUCCUACGGGUUUGCAAGAAUUUACGAAUUAUUUAAGAAAAGAAUACAGUCACGAAAACAUACGAUUUUGGUUGGCGGUUAAAGACUUAAGGCACAGCUUUCAAGCACAAAUAUCUGACAAAGUCAACGAAAUCUUCAAAGAAUUCCUGGCACCUGGAGCUCCUUGCGAGAUCAACAUCGACGGGAAAACAAUGGAAAAAGUUCAUCAAGAAAUGAAAAAUCCAAAUCGAUUUACAUUUGAUUCUGCCGCUGAACAUGUGUAUACCUUACUUCUGAAAAAGGAUUGUUAUCCGAGAUUUAUUCGCUCUGAUCAGUAUCGAAAUCUUUUAGCUGCUGGUGUGCAACCAUUACAAAAGAGAAGAUUUUUCGGCUUCGGGGGGCAAGCCAAAAAGAAAGUUUCUUCAACUUCAGCCCCGACAACCAGCACCUUGCAACAACAUGCUAUGAGCAGUGGAACGGGUGGUAAACGUAGAGGCAGUGACCGAAGCCUGUCAGGGUCUGCUCACGAGUUAGCGGUUUGUGGUGUUCGGGAUACAACUGCAACUACGCCCAGAGUGCCACAUUCCCAUAGUCAGUCAAACCUUGCUGACAUUCCAUACAGGGAUGCUGGCACGUCGGAAGCUAUAGCUCGCCCUAUGGACGACGUAUGCCCAUGGGACGCGGUGCCGGGUCCGAGUAUAGAGCACACCACGGAUUUCAGCGCACCCCAACAUUCGAUAUUGUCUGGAAUAACGUCGCCGGUUGAAAGCCAACUUGAAGAGGGUAGAAGCAAUUUACACGGGCAGUCGCAAUCCAUCGAAUUUGCACGCCCAUCCCGGAAAAACUCCACGCAGUUGGAUUCCUGUAGUUCUUCGUCUGACGUCAGUUUAGCGGUGGCAGAAGUCACUGAACAUCUUCGGAAAUCUUGUAGUUUGCAACAUAGUGCUAGCACAGCUGGCACGACAACGACUGAACGCCUGAGUGCAAUGACAGUGCGAAAUUACUCAAUCGGAUCCACCAGCGCGAGAGUGAAGCUGGCAGAGAUCGGCAGGCCAUCCACUUCGUUCUGCAAUUAUCCGUCACCGCAGCACUCAUUCGAGUAUUCUCACGUGGCUACCGAACGAGCAGACACAUCCACGAAAAGCGUAACCGAGGUGCUUGAAGCUCAGCCAACCAGAUCAAAGGUUUCGCUGUUUGAAAAGGAAUCUGUGACUAAAGGUGCGACCAAAGCUCCUUUGAUAAGCAUCAGCGCCAUUGUGGGUGAUUUGCCGAGCGACAGCUCAAUCAUCGAGCCCGAAGAAACAGCGAAUGAUGAGGGCAUAGUGGAGGAGACGGAAGAAGAGAAAAAGCAAGAACCGGAAGCUGAGGAAAGCGAUCCAGUAAUUCCUACAGAAGAAAGCUCUGCAAUUUCAAGUCAAGCGGAAAUGGAGAUGAAGGAAUCGGUGGAAGAGGCACAAGUCGUUCCUGUCUGGGAACCGGACACCCAACAGGACGAUCAAAUGGCACCUACUAGUGAGACAACACCUCAGCAAAAGCGUGACAAUAACGUUAACGAAGUGUGCCCGUGGGAAGAUGAUCUGAAUUCAGCUCACUCACGCACUCUGUUCUCAUUAUCCACUGGCGUAACUACAAUAGGGAAAACUGUAGAGUGGAUGCACCUUACGUGAAAACCUAUGCGACAUUAGGUUACUUAUAACUUGGCAUCGGUACUAAACUUACAUUUUACGCUUAAGCAUUCACGAUUCAAUUUCUAUUUUACUUCACUUUACUUGUAAGUCCGAGUGCCCGAAUUCUUAAGGAUGACUUUCGAUUCAUUUACAUUUUUUUCCCUUCAGUUUUUAAAAUUGAAUAAACUGCUUUUGAAUGAAAUCUGAAGGAGAGGUAGGUCGAGUUGUUUAAAGAUGAAAUGAAGAAAAAUGUUGAAUCAAUAAUUCAGUGCAUUCAAACUAAUACUAAUAUAAAACAAAAUUCUCGCCACUUUUAUCCCUUUAGCAACAAUAUAAAUACACGUGAAAUUGUAUUUCAUUUUCUUCUAGAUUUAUUUGUUCAAAAUACGUAUUAGAUUUUAACUGAAAGAAACAAAAUUAAAAAGAUUGUAGGAAUCUAUGUUGCUGAACGGUAAAUCGUAAUUUAAAAUAAUUCAAUAUGUUUCUCUAUUCAAUACUAUGACAUGCACCUCAGGAAACAAUUUUUUUAGUCAGAAAAAUAUAAAAAUGUAUUAAAUGGAAAGAUGUGCUCUGAGGGUGCCAGUCAACCGUGAGCCCAUUGACCGCUCCCACUGAUCACAAAAUUCUUUAAUACCAUAAAAUAAAUAGUAAUUCUUUAAUUUUAAUAUUAUACAAAUUUUUUACUUUUUUAAACAAUUCAGCGCGUGAAUGAAAAUAUCAAUUCUUAAGCCAAAAAACAUAUAUAUUUUUUAAUUUUAUUAUUCAACGCACGUUACUUAAUAUUAAUUACAAUAAAAAAUACUUGUUAAUUCGAAUCCCAACAGUGCAUCGUUUUAACGUUAUACGAAAUAUUAAAAAUGUAAAUGGUUUAGAAGCAGCUCGUUGUCAUGAGAAUUAAUUGUCGUUCAGUGUUAGUUAGUUGAUCCAGUACAUAAUAAGUGUCUAAAUGCAAGUGUGCACAAGAAAUUGCCCUUCGGGCCGCUGGGUGCUCGUGGGCAAUCUCGAUUAUCUAACGGCCAUUUGUGUCUAUUCCUAUUAUAAUGACAAAUAUUUAACGUUAGCUGGCUUAUAUCUUGAAAUUGAUAACGCUCUUCGUUUGAAAACGAAGCUUCAAUUGUAGGAACUUAAUUACAUAAAUUUGUUGUUAAUAAUUAACUGGAAGAAAGAGACACACAUCGAGAAGAAAAGAAAGUAGUAUUAACGAGUUAGUUUAUUGUCUAAGGAUAAGAUAUUGAAACGUCGUUCUUAAAAAAAAAAAAACAGUUUCUAGGAUUAGUAAUAUAUGGGUCCUCGAUACUGUUACUGCCCCAGUAUCGAGU